AACAACAACAACAACAACAACAACAACAACAACGGCGUCCUACAAACUAGGAGAGGCGCUUACCCACAAUGCCAAGCGGCUCCAAGCAGAGCACGGCUGGCAGCCUGACAAGUGCGUCUGAAUGGAUGGCGACCCGCGCGAUCGCCGUUCAGCGCGCGCGACGAUCUGAGGCCGGAAGCAAAACAUGCACCCCAGCGUGAUGACCAACGGCGGCGGUGGUGGUGGUGGCGGUGGCGGCGGCGGCGGUGCCAUGAACAGCGGGCUCCCAGCUUCAGCUGCUCCGCUCGGGGGUGUCGGGAUACCGAAUGUCAAGGUGAAGUUUUGCCGUUACUACGCGAAAGACAAAACGUGCUUCUAUGGAGAGGAGUGCCAGUUUCUGCACGAGGAUCCGUCCAUGGCUAGCCUGAGCCCCGUCCCGUUGUCUUUGCCCGGGGGUGGCGGACCUCCAGGGGGGUAUUCCCUCGGCGGCUCCGCGGCCUCCUGCCCCGCCGGUGGCGGCGGAGGGACCGGUUUGCCCAAGAAGACUGAAGCCAUGGGGCCUGCGGGGACUUCUCUGGACGGGUCGUUGCUAGCCAUUCCAGGUAUGGAGGGAGCAAGUAUGAAUGACGCCAACCUCACCAACUCGUACUUCAGCAGCAGCUUUAUUGGGGUGAAUGGAUUUGGAAGUCCCGCAGAGUCCAAAUACUCCAUGAUGCAGCGAAUUACUACCAGCAGCAGCUCUCCGAGUCUGCUCAACAAUGGUGCCAAGAAUUUCAGCCACAGCACUCAUGAUCCAGUCAACUCUCCAUCGUCGUCGCUCUUUAGCGAUUUUGGUGCCCUGGGCAUUUCUCAGCGAAGGAAGGCACCCAAUCCGACUGCAAGCGAGUUCAUCCCUAAGGGAGCGCCAAGAAUGGCCACCAUGGCUCUGUCUUCUGUCCAGGCCUUCCCCUCGCCUCUCUUCGCCCACCCGGGCAUCAGCAGCUCCACAGCCGCGGCUCUGGCUCCAGGCAUGUCUUUAUCGGCGGGCUCCUCCCCCCUGCAUUCGCCGAAGAUCACGCCGCACACCUCGCCCGCCCCGCGCCGCCGCAGCCACACGCCGAACCCGGUCAACUACAUGGUGCCCACCACAGCGGCCGACCCGGGCGCCCACAUCAUCCAGAAAGAGACCGUCGGGGGCACCACUUACUUUUACACGGACAAUACCCCCGCGCCCAUGUCUGGGAUGGUGUUUCCAACGUACCAUAUCUACCCCCCGACUGCGCCCCACGUGGCCUACAUGCAGCCCAAAGCCAACGCCCCGUCCUUCUUCAUGGCCGAUGAACUCCGACAGGAAUUAAUAAACCGACACCUGAUUACCAUGGCUCAGAUCGACCACUCGGAAAACGCAGACGUGCCGUCCGAGGUGGACAGCUACCAUAGCCUGUUCCCCCUGGAGGCCCUGCCCCCGCCCAACCGCAUGCAGAAGACCAGCAACUUCAGCUACAUCACGUCCUGCUACAAGGCGGUCAACAGCAAGGAUGACCUGCCCUACUGCCUGAGGAGGAUACACGGCUUCCGCCUCGUCAACACCAAGUGCAUGAUGCUGGUGGACAUGUGGAAGAAGAUCCAGCACUCCAACUCGGUGACCCUGAGGGAGGUCUUCACCACAAAGGCCUUUGGAGACCACUCGUUGGUGUUCUCCUAUGACUUCCACGCGGGCGCAGAAACCAUGUUCAGCCGGCACUUCAGCGACCCGGCGGCCGACUCGUACUUCACCAAGCGGAAAUGGGGGCAACACGAACCGCCGCCGCCGCGGCAGCACGCCGGCCUGCUGCCCGAGUCGCUCAUCUGGGCCUACAUCGUCCAGCUCAGCUCGGCCCUGCGGACCAUCCACACGGCGGGCCUGGCGUGCCGCGUCAUGGAGCCCAGCAAGAUCCUCAUCACGGGCAAGACCAGACUACGCGUGAACUGCGUCGGCGUGUUCGACGUCUUAACGUUCGACAACAGUCAGAGCAACCACCUGGCCCUGAUGCCGCAGUACCAGCAAGCUGACCUGGUGUCGCUGGGCAAAGUGGUGCUGGCGCUGGCGUGCAACUCGCUGGCCGGGAUCCAGAGGGAGAACCUGCAGAAGGCCAUGGAGCUGGUGUCCAUCAACUACUCGUCAGACCUCAAGAACCUUAUACUAUACCUGCUGACUGAACAGUCGCGGCUCCGCAGCGUCAACGACAUCAUGCCGAUGAUCGGGGCCCGAUUUUACACGCAACUGGACGCGUCGCAAAUGCGGAAUGACGUCAUCGAGGAGGACCUGGCCAAGGAGGUGCAAAAUGGCCGCCUCUUCCGCCUGCUCGCCAAACUGGGCACCAUCAACGAGAGGCCCGAGUUCCAGAAGGACCCCACGUGGUCGGAAACGGGCGACCGCUACCUGCUCAAGCUUUUCCGGGACCACCUGUUCCACCAGGUGACCGAGGCCGGGACGCCGUGGAUCGACCUGAGCCACAUCGUCUCCUGUCUCAACAAAUUGGACGCGGGCGGUCCGGAGAAGAUCAGCCUGGUGUCGCGGGAUGAGAAGAGCGUGCUGGUGGUGACCUACUCGGACCUGAAGCGCUGCUUCGACAGCACCUUCCAGGAGCUGCAGGCGGCCGCGUCCGGUUCCUUGUAGCCCCCCCCCACUACCCCCCCCCCCAAACCGGCCUGGCGGGCCCACCGCUAUUGCACUACGGCGGGCCGUCCACUGACCCGACGGCGAAGCCGGCGGAGACAUUUCAACAUCAGCAUUUUUUGCCAGGAAGGCCUCAGUCGCGUACACUGUCCACCGGGAAGGCUUUCGUUUCCCCUCCAAAGUGUAUUUUUUUUUUUUUUUUUUAGUGUUUCCUAAAAAAAAAAAAAAAAAACAAAAAAAAAUCCGCAAGAUGGAAGUGACAAGACGCUCGGAAUGGCGAAUCGUGAAUAUCCCCCCCCCCCCUUUUUAAAUUUUUGCUCGAACAAAUCGACGCAAACCACCCGGCUCUUGCUUUUUAUCAUUUGUCUACCGCAGUGUGUUGGGGGGACCGGGGGGGUCUUUUUUUUUCAGAGGAGGCUGCACUAAGUUUUUAAUUUUUUUGCUGGGGUUAUUUUUUUAUGUGAAUUUCGUGGCCUACAGGGUGGUACGGAGCGUCACGCGGAAGAUGGAAUUAUGAGAUGAAAUCCAGCUUUUUUUUUCCCCAAUCGAGGCUUUUUAAACGGGGCACCUCUGCAACCCCAAAAAAAAAAAAAGGAAAGGACAAACCACUGGGUUGAGGUGCGGACAGGUGGGCCCUCGUUUGUGUCAGGCAGCUGCCUCUACGGAAUGUCGCCCGCUCUUCUUUCUUACAAAAAAAAAUUAUUAUUUU